GUAAUAAUAUUUCACAAUAUUACUGUUUUUACUGUAUUUUUGAUCAAAUACAUACCGCCUAGGUGAGCAUAAGAGACUUCUUUCAAAAAACGUAUCAACCCCAAGCUUUUGAACUGUAAUGUAGCUGAUCCUAUAAUAAUGUGGAUAUUCCAUCUUCAGAAUGACAUUGUAGGAUAAUAUUUUAAAAAUUACACUGACGAAUUGUGUCCCACUUUACCUCUAUUCACCUUAUAUAUGGACUGAAUGAGCAGGAUUUUGCAUGCCUUAAAUGUAUGUUGAAGGAUAUUUUGAAGGUGAUUCAGAGUGUUUCUUGGUUCACUGCCAUGUUGAAGUAUACCUGCAGGUACUGACAACUCAUCUGUCAUGGUUUAAUAGCCAUAGACAGCUUGUCUUAUAUUGGCUUGUAGCAUCUAUCAUCCAAAUAGGAUGCCUGUUAGCUUUUCCAGUGUCUGAGCUGUUAAAUGCAGGGAUAUAAACAUUCAGGUUUGUCCCCAUGGGUGCACAGAAUAGAUGAAAUAUAUUGGACAUCUUCACUGAUCCUCAUAUUUGUGAAUGUCUGUUCAUUUUCUGUGGCUUGGCAAAGACUAGAAGCUGUAUCCUCUUAGAAUGUAAUGCAGUUUACCAUUAGACAAAUGUUUAUACCUCCAUAAGAAUGUAAGUCUUAAAUAAGGCCCAGUGGUCAGCUGCAUCUGCAUCUUUCAUGGUUAUAAAAACAGUUCUCUCUUUUCUACUUUAGACAUAUCAUGAUGUUUUUAAGUAUUGAAAUCACCACAUUUUUGUCUAAAGCCGUUCUGUGCCAACUAAAGCCAUUGUGAAGUCAUGCAAGGCCAAAGGUUUACAAUCUAUCAGGAAAAAGAGUUUAUUCUGGCAGAAGUGCAUCUGUCCUAUGAGUUCAUGGACAUAUCUGUCAUUUUCAUUUUAUUUUAGUGGACUGACUUCUGAGUCUGUCAUAGAAUGUACUUAGAAAAAUAUCUGUUUUAUUUCAUAUAAAUGUUUAAGACUGUUCCUAUUAGAUGUUGAGCUGUUUUGCUGAGUUACUGCAGUCUGUUUGAAUCCUGUUUGCUGAAUUGACAUUGUGGUCUAUCCCUAAACUGUGUCCUUUCCCCUUCUGCUUGAAAGGAUUGACAUAAACAACAUACAGUAGCUAUCAAAAAUCCAACCAAUCAGGAUGUGACUUUCAUUUAGACAACAGCCAUCAUUCUGGUUACAUCUUUCAGGCCCAUACAGAAUCUGCAAAGUUCUUCACAUCCCUCACUGCUUGCAUGUUUAUGACACAUUUUGGCUUUUUACAGUUUCUUUCAGUUACUAGUCAGAGUCUAGUACUCUAUAGUUUUAUUUAACACACACUUCCAUAUUUAUUUCUGCCACAAAAUCAGCACGUAAAAUUAAAUAAAAGUGCAGAUUCUGUCUGGGCCUUCAUCUAUCCAGAGUUAUUUGCUUGUAACUUUAUUCACCAAUGCACAAUGUUUAACUCAAACAUGAUCAUCACCACUCACUCAGCACUUUGUCUAUGUCUUUUGUGAAGACUAUUUGUUUGUGUGUUAUCUUUAGGGUAUAAAGUGGGAAACAACACCCUAACGUUUGAUUUAAGUCCGGGCAUGUCUGACUCUAACAGUGUUCAUAAUGUAUAAUCUGCUGUAAUUAAUAACAAUUAAAACAAUGUCUACCCAGCUAUGUUCCAGCAUGCAUGAUUUCAUUGCAAACACCUGCCGGCAUAUAAGAAACCUAUGUCUUUGACAUCAUUAAUGAAAAAAGAAAAGAAAAAAAAAACGGCACAACGAAGACCUGUACGUAAUACAAUAAUUUAUCAUGAACCAUAGCAACUACAGAAGAAAGGCCUUCAUCUCGUCUCUCCAUCAGAUGGCAUAUUCUAUGUAGUGAUUUGCAUCAAUAGAUUGCCGGGGAAGUUGAAUUGAGUUAACUGCAUGCAUUGAACCAUUAACUGGGUCACAGAAGGUGACCAUCCGUCUUUAUAAUCUGGGAUCAUUUGGCUAUUUCUCCCUUUUUUAACAGACAAGGGUCGGUGUGAACAAUUUCAAGCGUUCAGCAGUAAAGGGAGGAGCUUUGAGAUGAAGGGCAUUAGAUAAGGCCAUUAGUGCUCUGUGGAUUACAGUAAUCCAGCACCUUUAAUAUCAGUGCGGUGGUCCACCACUUGAAAAAUAAACAUCAUGGAGUACAGACUGCAGAACAUGUUUCUGUUAGCCGUCCUGCUGGUGUCUGAAGGUUUUAUUGGGCUGCAAGCGCAGGAGGAUGGUGAGGGAAACGACACAUGGGCUGAGAAAACCUGCAAGUGUGACUGUGAUUCCUCUAGCAAGUUGCUUUCCAAAGGUUUUUCAUCAAGUAGUGGACAGGAGAUGGACUGCAUGCCAGAGUGUCCCUACCAUAAGCCCCUGGGUUUUGAGGCAGGAUCUGUGACCUCAGAUCAGAUCAGCUGCUCUAAUGAAGACCAGUACACAGGCUGGUUCUCCUCCUGGAUUCCAAGCAAAGCAAGGCUCAACAACCAAGGAUUUGGGUGUGCAUGGCUGUCUAAGUUCCAGGAUACCAACCAGUGGCUUCAGAUUGACCUGAAGGAGGUCAAAGUGGUUUCUGGUAUCCUGACCCAGGGCCGCUGUGACUCUGAUGAGUGGGUUACCAAGUACACUGUGCAGUACCGCACCAAUGAGAACCUCAACUGGAUCUACUACAAGGACCAAACUGGAAACAACAGGAUGUUCUAUGGAAACUCUGACCGCUCUUCCACAGUCCAGAACCUUCUGCGUCCACCUAUCGUAGCACGUUACAUCCGUAUCCUCCCUCUUGGCUGGCACACUCGCAUCGCCAUCCGCAUGGAGCUGCUACUUUGCAUGAAUAAAUGCACCUGAUCUGGAACAUGUCAGCAAAGCCAUACUCAACUAUUUCCUGUUCCAUCCCAUUUCUUGUAUCACAACAUGCCAAAGUGAAUAUUACUGCCCAAUCACUGCACUCGAUUAAUUUAUUCUUAUUUUCUGGUAUUUUCAAGGAAGAAAUGAUAAUUAGAAUGUGAUAUAGUUACAUUUGUGUUAAAUGUUUUCCUUUUCUUUUUGCAUAUAAAGACAUGCAUAUUUCAUUCAUUUUAUAAACCAAAAAUGUGUUGCUUUGUCAAAUCAGGCAUAAAGGAGGGCAUUCAUUGCAAGCUUAAGCCACUGUAAUAUGGCUGAACCAGAGGUUUCCUUAUCUGGGACAUCUCAUGGAGUUUUGUAUUAUUGUGUGUUCUAAUGUGGUUUGUGAUGGUGAUCUGUUUCAUUCCCACAGUUAUGACCAAUUCCUUUUUGAAUUUAUUAUGAGGAUACUUUGUUUAAUUGAGUUUGUGGCUUACCUGAGAAACAAUGCCUUUAAAUAAAGUGUCUCUCUGUA